UGUGUGUGUGUGUGUGUGUGUGUGUGUGUGUGUGUGUGUGUGUGUGUGUGUGUGUGUGUAAGUGCGUGUGUGUAAGUGCGUGUGACAAAAACAGCAGCAUCAGAGAGGGAAGCAUCCAAGCAACAGCAGAGGAAAGCUGCAGCUGGUACACCGGCAUCUCCCACACACACACACACACACACACACACACACACACACACACACACACACACACACAGACGCACAGAGUGUGUAAGAAGGUUUGUGUAGGACGAACAGAUGAGAGGUGUGGAUGGUUCUCCAGAGCUGCAUUUUGAUGGGGAGGGGGUCGACAAGCAUCAAUAAGCAGAACAAGUCGUCUCUUCUCUUCCUCCAAAGAUGGACAUCUCCCUCUCUCCAGUCAUUCUCCUCUUCCUCACCCAUGUGUGUGAUGCUUCUGGGCUGCACAGUCACCGCCGCACAGCCGUCAGCGUGUGUGUGGAGGAAGAUCACGCUGUAUGGUGUUGAGAAAAGGUCGUGCGUGCUAACACACACACACACACACACACACAAACACACACACACACACACACACACACACAAACACACACACACAACCGACUACAAACAGGUCUUUGGGAAUCUAAUCACAGACAGUGAUCCCUCUCUCUGUACUCCAAGAUGGAUGGCAGUGAGGAUGAAGGUGUGCGCUUUUUACAAUAUGUAGAGGACAUUGGCUUGAAGGCCUACGAUGACCUGGUGAUCCAGAACGCGUCCGAUAUCGCACGUGAGAGCGACCGAGUGCGCAACCGCCAGCACUGGGCUUACCUUCAGGACCAAAGCCAGAAGAAGAGGCGUCAGGAGGAGGCUAUCAAGAGGAUGGGCGAGGAGGUCGCCGGAGUGGCAGAUGGAGGAGCUUACACGGGAAAACACUUCCGCAUGGGUUUCAUGACAAUGCCGGCUCCUCAGGACCGGCUGGCGGCACCGAGCGGGCCCGGGUUCACCGUACGCUCACAGUCUCUGCACUCGGUAGGAGGCAGCGAGGAGGAGGGGGGCAGCCCGACCCUACGGAAACAACCUCCACCCAAACCAAAACGCGACCCCAACACCAAACUGAGCACCUCGUCUGAAACGGUCAACACCACCCUCACCACAGGCAAGGACACGAGGGACAUGGAGAAGAGUGAUGCGUCCAAGAGUCGUCCGUGCAGUGAGGAAUAUCGUCGCAUGCCUCCGCCCAAACCUAAGCGCAACCCCAACACUCAGCUUAGCACCUCUUUCGAUGAGUCCUACAUCCAAAACCAUGGCAGCAAGUUCAAGUCUGCUUCUUUACCCAGACAACAAAAAAAGAAGUCAAUGUCCCAGAAUCAAAGCCCAGCCUUGGACACUGAUGAGGAAGUGGAACCUGUCUACAUAGAGAUGGUGGGAAAUAUCCUACGUGACUUUAGCCAGUUUACUGGAGGCAACGCUGAUGAAGAGGACGAUCAGGGAGAGAGCGUGUAUGAGGAGAUGAAAUACCCCUCCUACGAAGAAGCUGCCCUUUCAAAUGAGCAUGUCCAGGCACGCUUGGAGUCGAGCCUCACUCCUGCGGUUUCGGAUGUAGACCUAACGCGAUCGUCACUCCCUCGUGCCUCACUUUGUGACAUACCUGCCCCCUUUCCUAACUUAUUGACUCACAGGCCUCCCCUGUUGGUGUUCCCCCCUGCACCGGCACAGUGCUCCCCUAACUCAGAUGAAUCCCCACUUACUCCUCUGGAUGUCACCAAACUUCCUAUGAUUGAGAACGUUGUCUUUGGCAAACCUGGUUCUUCCCCAACAACAGGUGAUCCUGGACAACCCUUGCCAGCACAGCAGGCUUUGGGUCAACAGCACCAUCAACAUCAACAUCAACAUCAUCAUCAUCAUCAUCAUCACCAUAAGAAGUCAAUAGACAGUAAAGAAUCUUCAUCCACCCAUACGAUCACGGUGUCCGGACGUUCCUCGGCUCCACCUCUACCUUCAGCGCUAUACAAAAGCGGUGGUUCCUCAGCGGCUCACGGUUACCCUCGCAGCCACUCUGCCUGCCCAUCUCCUAUCAGCAUGGGUCGCUCUUUGACCCCCCUCAGCCUCAAACGUCCGCCGCCGUACGACGCUCUGAUGACUGGCACGAUUCCCCGCAGUGCCUCCGGAGUGUCGCACGGCUCCCACGAGAGCGGACGUCUUUCAAACUCCUCCAGCAUCCACGGUGGGUCCAUGCAAAAUGUUUCCACUGCAUCAGGGGGAUCAGGGGGGUCUAGUUCAGGGUCAGGUGGCCGUGGCUGUCGAACACCGACCAGUCCGCUGGACGAACUCAGCAACUUGUUAUCAUCUAGCAAGAACAUGCUGAGGAAAGGCUCUGGAGGACGCAAGAACAAGGAGCUCAGCGAGAUUGAAGGGAAGACCAGGAGCCACAGCAUUGACAGUAAAGAUCGUGCUCUUCGUAGCUCCUCCCCAAAAGUGCAGGACUGGGACACGCCCUCAGGACAAUCUGCCACGCCCACGCGUCUAGGCCGUUCCUCCAUCAGCCCAACCACUAUGUUGGGGGGCGGAGCCUCAGAAACGAAAGCUGCCUGUAAGCUCGGCCGUUCUGCCUCCACUUCAGGAGUGCCGUCUCCAGCUGGAACGCCCCAGAGACACGCCCCUGAGUCCUCAGCCAAUCAGAGUGGGAGCCCAUGCCAGAUGCCCCCGGUGCCAUGGGCAUGCGGGGACAACACCAUGAUGGAGAUGAUCGAAAAGAAACGGCAUCUUUGCAACGAGAUCAAGGCACGGCAGAAACCAGACAAAGCUCUGUGCAAACAAGACAGCAUGCCCAUCCUGCCCAGCUGGAAAAAGACCAACGGGGGCAAAAAAUACGGCCCUCCACCCUACUCCACCCAAACCACGGUCUUCUGGGACACGGCCAUCUAACAUGAGGAAACGAGCGAUAAUCAGCUUUCAGGAAUCCGGUCUGCAGAUGCUGGAACAGUGUGGCGAGGAUGGGCGUGGUCAAACCAACGGUGGCUGAUUAGCCAAUAGGAACAAAGGGAAUUUAUUUAAAAUUCUGUAGCAAAUCAACUUAAAUCUGAGGGGUUUAGAUUUAAGUGUCCUUGGUUUCUUAGCACUGUUUGUAUUUCGUAUUUUUAUAUGGAGAUAAGGAAACGGUGAAACGACGCUCGGUGCCGUUCGAAAGUCGAGUGGAAACAAUUAGCCAUGUGAUGAUAUGCAGCCCCUUAAAGAUGGUACUUUUCUUCUGUUCCUUCUCUUCUUUACUUUUCUUUCUUUUUCUUCUUUCCUUUUUCUAUGUUUCUAAGUUGCAUCAACGCUUGUCAGUGUUGAAGAGACAAUAUAUCUAUAGCUUAUAUAUGGUGAAAAGAAAAAAAGAAAUAUGUUAGAAUUGAACCGAAUAUGUGACGAUUUUUAUAUUAGUGUGUUAAAGGAAUGUCAGAGGAUAAUUUUUUUCAUAAAGGGAUUUAACAAAAAGCACUAUUUUAAGAAAAGGAAUCUAUUUUGGACAUGUUGUGAUGAAAGCGUGGAGAUGGUGGUGGGUCGUUGUCCGGGUCCUGUUGUUGUUGUUGUUGUUGUUCUGGUUGUUGUUGUUGUUCUUGUUGUUGUGUACUCGAGGUGCUGAUCUGUCUUCAAAUCGAACUCGGCCGCUUCGACGCCUGAUCCCUCUGGUGCUUUUGGACUCUUUAGUUUUCUGCUCAAAAGGACAACACCGACUCUGUGGAGAACAAACCUGUGAGGAAGGAAGUUAUGGAUAAAAUGGCUGAGAAUAGAUGGAUGUUAAAGCCUGUGCACUUCAUAUCAUCCCUUUAAGUUAUUUCAGGUAAUACCACAAAAGAUUCCAUUGAUUUUAAUGGGGAAGAAAAAACAUUUCUAUGAAGCUCAGAUUCUGCUUGGUACCACUUUAGUUUAUAUUUGAUUUGAUUCGGUCCUGUGUUCACUUUACUAUGUUCAUUCUACUGUGUUCACUUACCUGUGUUCACUUUACUGUGUUCACUUACCUGUGUUCACUUUACUGUGUUCACUUACCUGUGUUCACUUUACUGUGUUCACUUACCUGUGUUCACUUGUAUAGUGUUCACUUACCUGUGUUCACUUACCUGUGUUCACUUUACUGUGUUCACUUACCUGUGUUCACUUUACUGUGUUCACUUACCUGUGUUCACUUUACUGUGUUCACUUACCUGUGUUCACUUGUAUAGUGUUCACUUACCUGUGUUCACUUUACUGUGUUCACUUGUAUAGUGUUCACUUACCUGUGUUCACUUACCUGUGUUCACUUACCUGUGAUCACUUGUACUGUGUUCACUCUACUGUGUUCACUUACCUGUGUUCACUUACCUGUGUUCACUUUACUGUGUUCACUUGUACUGCGUUCACUCUACUGUGUUCACUUUACUGUGUUCACAUGUACUGUGUUUACUUGUACUGUGUUCACCUGUACCUGCGUUCACUUUACUGUGUUCACAUGUACUGUGUUUACUUGUACUGUGUUCACCUGUACCUGCGUUCACUUUACUGUGUUCACUCUACUGUGUUCACUCUACUGUUUUCAUUUGUACUGUGUUCACUCUACUGUGUUCACUUUACUGUG